AAAAGCAAAAUAAUGGCAUCGACUCAUGCGCUCAUCCCGGCGAUCUGCCUCCUACACUCGCGGCUCAUUCGGCCGGCGCUCUCCCUCCCACCGACGCAACCCCCCUCAUAACUCUCUCUCUCUCUCUCUCCUCAAAACCAACCACAAACCCAAACCCCUCUCCCUAAUUUUUCCCAGCUCCGUCCCCGAUGGGCGACCUAACGGAAUCCCUAACGCCGUCAACCGCCACCCCCAAUUCCUCAAACCCUAGGCCCAUGCCGGUCCGCGAGGACUGCUGGAGCGAGGACGCCACCUCCACUCUCAUCGACGCCUGGGGCCGCCGCUACGUCGAGCUCAACCGCGGCAACCUCCGCCAGAAGGACUGGCAGGACGUCGCCGACGCCGUCAACGCUCUCCACGGCCACACCAAGAAGACUCACCGCACCGAUGUGCAGUGCAAGAACCGAAUCGACACUAUCAAGAAGAAGUACAAGGUCGAGAAAGGUAGGGUUUCUACAGGCUUGAAUUCAACCUGGCCUUUCUUCGACCGGCUUGAUUCUCUGAUCGGAUCCAGCGUCAAGAAGCCGUCGCCGUCGCUCUCGCCUUCCCCGCCGGUCGCGGUCCCGCUCCCGCUGGCGUACAGGAAGCCGUCUCCGGCGAGGCCGGUCGUCACCGCCGUCUCGCUGCCUCAGAAGAGGUCGGCGUCCGCGGCGGCGCUGAACGAGGGGUUCUUUAGGAUGAACUACUCCGCCGUGGCUGCUGCGGCCGCGGCGGAGAACGACGACGACGACGAGGAUGAGGAGGAUGAGGAAGAUAACGACGACGGAGAUGAGGAGGCGGAGGUGGAGGUGGAGAGGGAGAGCGACGGCGAGAUUGGCGGCGGCGGCGGAGGAGCAGUAGGAGGAGAAGGGUUGAAGAGAUUGGCGAAGGCAAUAGAGAGGUUUGGGGAGGUGUAUCAGAGAGUGGAGGCUGAGAAGUUGAGGCAGAUGGUGGAGUUGGAAAAGCAGAGGAUGCAGUUUGCUAAGGAUUUAGAGGUUCAGAGAAUGAAGAUGUUCAUGGACACACAGGUCCAGCUGGAGCGGAUCAAGCACGGCAAGCGGCCCAGCUCUAAUGAUAUUUAUAGCUAACCAUGUGCAAGAGAGCUGUAAUGGUACAUGCGAAGCAUAUGUAGUAUCUUCUUGAUUAAGUACAUAUUGUUCCAGCUGAUACUGGCCUUAGAAAAAGCUUCUGGCACAGCACUCCUAAGCGACUUUGGUUCUUCUUAACAUGGCUCUUGUUCCUUCUACUUAUUAUUUUCAUGUUGGGUCUGUGGCAGUUGUACUUAGCCUCAGACUGGUCCAAUGAACUUGCCUUUUUUCCGCUGUAAUUUUUUAGCUGUAUUUAAGAACAAUAUGGUUUCUUCGCAAUACAGAAGAGUAGGCUAGGGAAGUGAUGCAUCCGGGACAGCAUGGUUUCAGCUUUAACAUGUAGUUGGUAAACUAGUAAUACCACCAAUGUUAGUUCCUGUUGUUAGAUAUUGCUCAAGCCUGUGAUGA